CAGACUUAAUAUACUUAAGACAGAAUAAAGUAAUCAUAUUACCCACUUUACAUAUACUAUUCCCUGGGAAGGCUGUUUUAGAUAAGAAAGAUUUAUGGCACAAAAGAAAAAAUAUAUCCUUAUUAAAGGAAUGGUACAAAAACUUCCUUUCUUCAGAUAGCUUUAUUUUCUUACUAUCUAUGACUUCUUUGAAGAUUACUUAACAUUUUUUGCUUAUGUUCUGACGUAGAAAAUGCUAAACCCUGGAAUUCAAAGCAUUUAGCACCCCACCCCUUUAUCCAUACUGCCUUUUUAAAGCCCUUAUGUAAAGAAAAGCUCACUAAGUCUGAGUUGUAGUAUUCUACAUUCCUUCUCUUAUCAUGCUGUGCCAAUAGACUGAACAUGUUUAAAUGAAAGGCAUAAAACCCCAGAGAGGUGGAACAGUCGACGCACGAGUGCCUUCUUCCUGUGCAGCAUCGUGCAUCAAACCUCUUCAUGUGGAAGUUUCCACCAGAGCUAAUUGUCCAAAAGGGCAAUGUUUUCUACCUCCUCUAUGUGUUUGGAGGACUCCUGAUGACGGUCACUGCUGGGAGUCAGUGCGUGGAGGUGGCUAUCAGGACGGCCCAGAACCCUGCAAACCUGCUGCGCCUGUCAAACACACUCGUCGGGCUCAUGGGCCUCCGAGACCAAAUACAUGUUGCUAACUCUGUGGCAAAACGAAAACUAAAAAGGCUGUUUUUCACUGACAGCUUCAACAGCCUCCUUGAAAUUACAAGAACAACUCUGCAAGGAACUCAUCAUUUCCAGGUUUUAGGCUGGUUUCCCGAGAAGCAAACAAACCUGCAGUCUGCUAACUGCAUCUCAAUAAAAAGAUGCAGGACUUAUUACAUCCUCAUUUGUGUGAUGAGAAGCCAGCCUGUUCUGACAUUAAAUCUAGGAAACAACAACAGGAAGCUAAACAUGUACAAUCCUUCAAAUCAACUACAAUGGUUGAUCAACUUUAGCAGCCAGGCACAGGCACAAGGAGAUGUGAUUUUUCUUUUACUGGGUGGACAAACCGGAGGAAUCAGCACUGGAUCUGACACAAACGGUGCUACAACUAAGCGCCCCCCUACGAGUCUGACCCUGGGCUUGUCCGCACUAUGUGUGGUCCUUCUAUGGAUGUUUCUGCCUCAUAUUGCAGUUUUUUCUGUGAUUUGUUUAGGUUGGAAGGUUAAACAACAUAUCCACUGAGUGCUGCGGUCACAGAGAAAAUCAUCCAGGCUAUCACAUCUGAUAAACACUGUAACUCUGAAUACUUUGACCGAAGUCUCUUUUUGCAGCCUCUAACUGGCUCCAGAGCACUGCAGCAAGACUUCUAACAAGAUCAGCAAACUAUAUUACCUUUUCUCUUGCAGUGGCUCCUUGUUUGCUUUAGAAUUGAAUCUACCAGUCUGAUAUGUAUCUACAAUGCACUGUGUGGUGCUGUAUCUAAAUUCCUGUUGCCAUUAAUUUGUAUUAAAACCUGUCUUCCAGUGAAGCACCUUUGGACCAACUGCGUUUUGUUUAAAGGAUCUUAAA